CGCAGUGAAAAGAAACCGCCCAUCACACACCCCAGCACACUAGCGCUGGAAAACUUAUAACCUCGGGAGUCAGGUCCCUCCCCUCACUGUGGCCACAUACCUUCGGAAGAGCGGACCAGGCAGCCACCAGCUCCUGCCACUCGGGGAGACUCAGUCACUUAGGACCCUCAGAACUCUCUUUGCUUGUGUGGCAUCAAAACGCCAAGAUGUUGGUAUUACUGGCUGGUAUCUUUGUGGUCCACAUCGCCACUGUCAUCAUGCUGUUCGUCUCCACCAUUGCCAAUGUCUGGGUAGUUUCAAAUGACACAAAAGCAUCAGUAGGUCUUUGGAAAAACUGUACGGAUGGCAUCUGUGAGGGGGCCCUGUCAUAUGCCAGUGAAGAUGCCCUCAAGGCCGUGCAGGCUUUCAUGAUCCUCUCCAUCAUCUUCUCCGUCAUCUCUCUCGUGGUCUUCGUGUUCCAGCUCUUCACCAUGGAGAAAGGAAACCGCUUCUUCCUCUCGGGGGCCACUAUGCUGGUGUGCUGGCUGUGCAUCAUGGUUGGGGUGUCCAUCUAUACUCAUCAUUAUGCCGGUGGUUAUGGAACCCACUUCCUGAAGAGUCACCACGGCUAUUCCUUCAUCCUGGCCUGGAUCUGCUUCUGCUUUAGCUUCAUCAUUGGCAUUCUCUAUCUGGUCCUACGAAAGAAAUAAGGCUGAACAACUUCAUGGGGAUCCGGGGGGUGGGGAGAAGGAAGCCGUU